AUGCCGUCGGCAGUGGCUGAGUCAGAAGUCAGAAGCUGUGCCGUGAGAGGAACGCUGGCAACUGCAAUCGUGAUGAUUGCCGGCGUGCAGCUGAGAAGUUUCUGCACAGGCAGCGUGGGGCAGCGCUUCAAAGGUGUCCUGAGGCUAGCAAAGAAAGAUCGGGAUUGGCUUGCGCCAGGUAUAGCUGGCAGUACAGCUGCUGGCACAGCUGGCCGCUUGUCCAGACUGCGCUGUCACGCAACGAAUGAGCCACUAGACAUUGUGGAUCUGUAUGGCAGCUUGGGUGGCAAAAUGUCGCGUGAAAGAAUAUGUUGUCCCGACAUGAAAUGCCGCGUCCGCAGAUCAUCAGCUCUGCUACUUGCCUUCCGGGCUUACGUGUGUUGA